GUUCGCUCCGUUUCCUAAGCACAAACAAAACUUUCCUGCCUGCACUGCGACAAUAUCGGGCUCCCGUGUGCUUUGAUAACCCGAAAUAUUAGAAUCUCUAACUUCUUUCUAAGGAAAAGAUAAAGUCAGUGGGCUUUAUUGUUUUUUUUGGGGGCAGGAUGUACAGCUUCAUGGGAGGUGGUUUAUUCUGCGCCGGAGUCGGGAACAUACUCCUCAUUGUCUCCACGGCAACUGACUACUGGAUGCAGUACCGUCACUCCAGCAAUUACAUGCACCAGGGCCUGUGGCGCUACUGUGUGCCGGGGAAAUGCAUGACUCACACAGACAGCAUCGCGUACUGGGAUGCCACCCGGGCCCUCAUGAUUCUUUCUCUGCUGGCUUGUUUCAUCGGCAUUGUGAUUGGCGUCAUGGCCUUUAUCCACUAUUCCUCAGAGGGGUUCGACAAGACCUUUGCAGCCGGCAUCCUCUUCUUCAUCUCCUGCUUCUUUGUGUUGCUGGCCAUGGCCGUGUACACAGGAGUGACAGUGAACUACUACGGUAAACGCUAUGGCAGCUGGCGCUUCUCCUGGUCCUACAUAAUGGGAUGGGUGUCAGUGGUGCUAACAUUCUUCUCAGGUAUCUUCUACAUGUGUGCCUACCGGAUGCACGAAUGCCCAAGAAACUCCACACGCUGACCUACAAAAACAAAAGGUCAAUGGAAUAACAGAAUAAUACUGCUUAUAAACUUUGCAACUCCUUCAUGUUGGUGCUAAAUAAAUGGGAAACAUGU